CUGGCGGCCAUCGUCCACGUCGUACAGGCUCAGAGAGCACAAUCCUCCGAGCUAUGCAUCAUCUACAUGCCAAUCCUGAGGUCCUCGUGUGACGUACGUGUGGCAUGCUUCAGUGACGAGGUUGGCUGCUUCGGUGCUCAAGCUCUUGCGACCAAGUCCCUAGCAUCUAUCUACUUUCGAAGGCCGGGAGAGGAAGUACCCUGUAUGAACACUUCCAGAGUGCCACGAAAGUCCGUGAUCGGUAAUACUAUACUCCAUAGCAGGUUCUCGCCGCUACGCGUUCCUUGUUUCCCAUUUCGUGAAGAGCACUCAGAACUCUCCAACAUCUCGAACUGCGACCGCUGCUCUGCCACUCUGUGUUUGACUUGCGACUGCGAGCCAACUGCAGCGCUCACAGCGUCACUUUAUAAGUUCUUCGCAACAUGUAUCCCGCCUUCCGACCUCAGAGCGGUGUCCACUGGUAUGCCUCACCCAUCUCAAGAAGUUCCAGUACUCGUAUCGAUCUCGAACACUCAGGUUGCCGGUCAGCGCAUUGUGGUGUCAUGCGGCGAUCUCUCCGAACACGUUCUCGUCAUCUCCGUCGUGUCUCUGCGGGCCCAACCUGGGGCACUAUAACCGACUAUGGUGCGAUCAAGCUUCCAAGACCUCCUCAGAACGCCAUCACACAACACGACCAGCAUACGUACUUGCUCGGCCCGCUUAUCCGGCCAAUAUCGCGCUCCUCCACAAACCAACGCGCGAUCCAUCUGCGUCCUCGCCUCGCCCUGGUGCCGCUUCUCUACCCCAGCCUCAACCCCGUUUGAACCGCAAUGGGACUGCCUGGAGCGACCACAACACCGCACACGCGACCGCCACGAGGACAUCGAACGGCAU